AUGUCCGCUCAGAACGUAUCUACCCCGGGCUACACAUUCGGUCUCAAGGGGGACUCUACCAAGACCGGCUCUGGCACCCAAGAUCCCGCGUCCUCUCCGCUUUACCCCUUCCACAAACCCGGCGUCGCCGCCGAGCUUAUUGCCACAGCAAAUGCCCUUGUGAACCCGCGCGGCCGCGGCAUCUACGCCACAGACGAGACGCCCGAAGGCAUCGCCGCGCGUCUGAGCGCCUGCAAACCUUGGUCUGGCUCUGACGCGGAAGCGAAGGAACGCCGUCGUGCCUGGCGUGCAUGUCUGUACUCUUCGAUGCCCAAGGAUCACAUCUCGGGCGUUAUCCUGUACACGGAGACGUUGCACGACUUUGAGCUCGCGCCGGUGCUUGAGAAGAGCGGGAUCAUACCUGGAGUGCGCGCUGAUAACGAUUCGCAUCCGCUACCUGGAUCGCCGGCGGGUGAACCUGCUACGCAAGGUCUGGAUGAUCUGCUGCCACGUAUGCAACGAGCGCGGGCCGCUGGCGCGAGGUUCUCGAAGUGGCGCGCGCCGAUCUUGUGCAACGCGAGCACUCUGCCCACCACGGCAGCUCUGGAGGCACAGGCUGAGGCACUUGCGCGUUUCGCUGCUAUAAGCCAGCAGGCUGGGCUGGUGCCCAUCGUCGAGCCUGACGUAGACUUCGCGGAGGAUGCGAGUCUUGAACGAAGUGUUGAGGUUCAUCAGAGGUUUAUCGGGAUGAUCUACUCGCGCUGCAACGCGUACGGUGUUCUGUUAGAAGGGUCGCUCAUCAAGCCCUCUUUCGUGCAGCCUGGUCUCAGGCACAACUCUCGCGCGAACACAACCGCGGACGAUAUCGCACUGGCAACAGCUACGGUGUUGGCGCGCACCAUACCCGUAGGAGUGGCUGGCGUCGUCUUCCUCUCCGGAGGGCUCUCCGACGACGAUGCUGCCGGGUACCUCAACGCGAUCAACAGCUUGAAGGAUAGGGAGAUGCGGGCGCUGCACACAGGGGAGACGGGACAGUACGCGUCGCUAGCUCGGCUGCCGCGCCUUACCUUCUCGUUCGGACGUGGCUUGCAAGGCAACGCGAUGACCAAGUGGGCUGAGGGUGAUGAAAAUGGCGCCAAGGAGGCGUUCGCGAAGCGGGCGGAGAUCUGCUACAAGGCUGCUCGUGGCGAACUGAACGCGGCUUGA